CAUUAAAUAAAUAUUCUUCUCUGCACAAAUUAUUUCCGUCCCGCACCCCCUGUAAAUUGCAGUGAGUAAUACUUGAAAAUGAAUUCAGAGUUAUACUUCUGCAAGUUCUUGAUUCAUUGACGCGAAAUGUUUUAAAAGACAUUGCUUGCUAAUGAAACAGACCAGAAUAAAAAUGUUAGAGAAAUAAUUUUAAUACCGAACGAUAAGAUUUUUCCAAUGAUGUUGAUAAGGGAUGGAUUCAGCAUUAUUUAUGCUAUUCUACUUACAGUCAGUCUAUCAUCGAUUGCCUGUCAGAAUGCUCCAGUUCCUGAUUUUGCAAUCCACAAUAUUACAGUGACAAAUACUGUUUAUCGAUUCCAAUUUUUAAUGGGAAAUUACACAUUUCGAGAUAACAUCGACUCGUUUCAGAGCUUAAGACUUGAAUGGUUGCUGAUGAACGGUAACGCAGUCCCUGCCAGCAACUGGGUGCAACUUGAUGAUACAACGAAAAGCUUAGUAGGGUUUAUCAGCAAAAGCACUUACCAAAAUCAGCCAGCCAUUGGGUACGAAUAUGUACUGAAAGCUACAGAUAAAGAUGGGAAUAGUGGCAGUAAGAUAUAUAACUUCAAACUUGACUCGCCACCAAGAGAACCGAACUAUAAGCGCCUUUUAAAAUUAACAUCAACUAAUUCUAUUGUCUAUGUUAGAAAUUAUGUUCAAAUCCUGUUUGACAUACAAAAUAUUUUAUUUCAAUACGCUCAGAAAACAAACCAAGGCAUAAGCGCACUAAGAAGUUUCAUCACGGAGGAACUAAAGGUCACCAAGUCAAACGGCGUGACCACAAUUGACAUGACAUGGAGUAUCACCCCAUUCUUGUAUAACCAAUGCCAGUUGCAGACAAUAAUGAAUUUAAGAUCAAAAACAAUUGGAAGUUACCUACAAGAAUAUACCAGCGCUUUUCAGCCGUUGUACCAGUUCAACAGUGAAGGAGAAAUUUUUAGUAGCGUAUGCAGCUAUCUAUCAGCAGAUCCAGCUCGCGUCGGUGCUUCAUUAUCUCCAUUUUCUGUCGUGUAUGGUGUCCAGUUUUCCAUAACAAUACCUUCUACAGCAUUUCUUCCCCCAUUAAGUGCAAGUACAAUGUCAUUAACAGUCCAAUUGCGUUCCUCAACCGGUGAAGCAUUGACAAAAACCAGUUGGAUUAAUCUCAAUGGCAAUGAUUUAUCACAAGGUGUAAGAUUGGAGGGGUAUGCAUCAUACGCUGUUGCCUCGCAACAAACAAGUUUUUCAUUUCGUUUGGUUGCUUUGACUCCUCUCCUUGUCGAAACCUACAGAAGUAUAAGCAUAAGUAUUGGGCAAUUCCAAUCGAUGCAAGAGAACUACAUCGUCACGUUUUUGUCAAGUUCGGUAAUCACUGCUCAGUAUUCGACCUUCAUACGCAGCUUUAUAUCCACAAUCUCAGCGUAUUUAUCUGUGUCUUCUUCCUCAAUUAUUGUUUACAGUUUUGAAAACACGCAGGCAAACACUGUUUUGAAAUGGACGAUAACAACUUUCACAACAGGCUGCGAUAUAAACCUAAGCACAUCUUACACGUCGAAAAUGAUCGCAUCGAAUGGGCAACCAAACAAUGAACUAAGCGUUUUGAUCAACAACAUCGGUUUCCCGCUGGCGCAAAUUAACAUCAAAGUUGGAGCUACAUGUCAGAAGCCAGUAAUUAAUAACGCAAUAGGACAGAUAUCCUUUGCAUGGGGAACAUUCUUUCAGUAUGUGAUUGCAGCAAAUGCCUACGUGGACGCAAGAGAUGGCACUAACUUGAAAUUCAGCAUGUUUCAAACUGGUAGCGCGUUUUCGUCUUCCAACUGGAUAACUGUCAACAGCACAACAAGAACAAUCUAUGGUGUUCCUAUCAUAAAAAGCAUUGUAAAGGGACGGACGUAUACUUUCACGUUAAGAAUUACAAACAGUAUUGGAAAUUACAUCGAUGACAGCUUCACUGUUACAAGUAAUAUCGACCCUCCCGCGUUCAGCUACAGAUACAAAGUAAGGAUCGAGUACAGCAGCUUUUAUCAAUCCAUGGCUUCGGUGUUGUUUGGAUUUUUAAACAGAAUGUAUGUCUAUUUUCGUAACUCGAACAGAAAUCAGUUACUCGUACAGGAGGUUAUCUCAUUUGUAAACGAAAGAAGAAUGGAGGUGAUAUAUUAUAACACCAGCUUCAGAGUAACACCUUGCGACACAAAAAGCAUUGCAGUAGCUAAUGCUUUACUGUUUGACGGUGUUAAGCCAAGUCCUUUACUAAUAAAUGCAAUGAAACCGAACUUUAAUGUUUUGGAUAUAAACAGCGUCUCAGGUUGCCCAAAGAAUGUUCCACCUGCUAUUAACGUCGCAAAACUUCCUGAAGAAGCUGGUCCUCAUUCAAUAUCAUGGGGAAAUUACUUCCAAGCUACUUUAUCCGAUGACCUGUUCUUUGACGAAGAAGAUGGCGGCACAAAAAAUUUACUCAUCACUUUCAAAUCCAUCUCGUCCAACUUUAAUCUAGCAUUGUCCUCAUGGAUUUAUUAUGAUCAGGCAAAUUUUACUGUAUACGCAGUCCCAAUGGACGCUACGUUUAACUUGCUCAGUGGAAAUACCAUACUGAAAUAUGUGCUCAGAGCGGAAGAUAGCGGAGGACUUGGAGUGAGCACAGAAUAUAUAAUGCAACCAACAGGAGCUGUAUCGAACUUUUACAGAAUAACAUACGUCAUGGAAGUAUACAAUAUAGCUGCUUCAUCUUAUGCUUAUCAAUUAAUCACAAUGUUCACAGACCUUUGGUCUAUAUUAGGUGCAAAGUACCAGCGGCAAAUGUGUAUAAGGAGUUAUCAAGUCACAAGUGUGUCGGGUAAUAAUGGUAUUGCAACUUUGGUGUGGACACCGUGUAAUUUGCCAGUCCGCAGUUGCAACUUUGAUAUCAUUAAUGAAAUAAAAAGCAAAUUAUUCGUGACUGGUACCACAAGUUUAAAACAAGAAGUAACAAAAAGAUUCACUUAUUUUACUAUUAAAAGCGUAACAGACAUUGGAUCUGGAGCUUGUGGUUUAAACCCUCCAACAAUAUCAUAUCAAAUACCUACAAUUCAGAUAUCCUUUUGUGGUCUUAUGAAAUACGCAAUUCCACAGAAUGCCUUCAUUGAUCUUGAAGAUGGAAAUACAGGAAAUUUAAGGCUGACAUUGACUGAUGCCAGUGGAAAUGCGAUGCCUUCCUUUUCGUGGAUAUCUUUUGAUGCAUCGAAGCAGGAGGUAACUACACUUCUGCAUCAGUCUAUGUUUAACAAUAACUUUCAAAGAGUGCAAAGGUUACGAUUGACUGCCACGGACAGAUCUGGAUUGAAUACGACGCAAAUAGUCACGUUUAAUAUAAACGGCAAUGCCAUACAGACGGAUUAUAAAGUUGAGUUUCAAGCGCGUCUAUCAUUCGUUGACACCAACGUGAAUUCAUUCAUCAGGUUUGCAGAAAAAAUGGGCAAUUAUUUCGGUGACAAUGGCAAGGGAUUUGAAGCAAUACGUCAAAGAAAAACAGCAGAUGGUACAACUAUUUUCGAAUUUGGAAAUUGCACGAUACCAUAUUCGCCAUGCAAUGUUGUCGAAAUGAACAGGUAUAAAAAUAAAUUAAAAAAUUCUGAUGGCUCGUGGAGACAGUCCUUUGAAAACAACUUAUUGCCUGAAUUUACCAAAGUCUUUAUAACUGACAGCCUAUCUGGUCCAUGCGCAGUUGAUGAAGCACCAAAACUUGUAAACACUUGGGGUCCAUUAUAUGUUGAGAUAUAUAAGACUUACAUCAUCCAAGUUCCGGAAAACACUUUUUUCGACAAGGAAGAAGGAAACACGCGGAAACUUCAGUUGGAGCUACGAACAAUAAGUGGUACUGCUUUGUCAUCAAACUUUUGGGUGUCAUUUAACUCUGUUAGUCAAACAAUCACUAUUGUAGCAACAAAAGCUGUUGCUGAAUCGUUAGCGUCAUCGAGACUAACAUUAAAUUUGUAUGCCUAUGAUAGCAAUCGUAAAAGCGCUUCCCAGCAGCUACACAUCGUUAUCAACUAUUCAACUAUUCCGACAAGUCACUACAUAAGCAUGCAGUUUACGACAGUUGGCUCGAGUUUUGUUACGAUUUAUAAUCAAUUACGAACAAGGAUAACUUCAUACUUUCAAGACAACGUGGCAAUAGGAACAGUUUUGUUUCAUUCAGCGACAAAUAACUUUUUAACAACAUUAUCUGUCGUGUGGAGCAAUAGAACAAUAUCAUCCACCAAUUGUGAAAACGAAAAAAUCAAUUACAUGCUUUCUAAAUUGUUUUCGUCAAACAAUAUCGUUCAUCCAGCAUUUGUAUUAGCAUUGUCAACAUUUACAAUCUCUAAAUUGUCGUUUUUCUACGAUGGUAUAUGUGAUUCUGAACGGAAACCACCAGUAGUUAUGACCCAAAUUUCGCCACUGACAACUUCGUUUUGUAAUUACAUUGAAUAUCUUGUACCUGCAAAUACAUUUUCAGAUGUGUUAGAUGGCAAUACAAGAAGUCUCUCCCUGGUUAUGUUAAAUUUGGACAACACAAACAUAAAUCUCAAUUCUUUUGUUUAUUUUAAUGAGCAGACGCAGACCAUACGUGUUAAUCCUUACGAUACAGCCUUUACUAGUGUAUUAUUUCCAAAGCGGUAUUCCUACUUGCUCAAGGCAACAAACAAACGUGGUCUAUAUGUCACUACAAACGUCCACAUUGAUAUCACCACUGGUGCGCCGAAUUACAGCUACUCGUUUCAAAUCACUGGUACUUGGUUAAAACAACAGAAUCUGACGCCUAUCACCGACAUUAUAGCAGAAUUUCAAUUAAAAUCCAGUUCAUAUUUUGGAUAUCAAACGGGUAGUAAUAUUCACAUAAUUGAUGUCAUGAGACCAUCGCCAUUUUCAACAACGUUUUCCAUAAAAGCAACCAGUUGUUUAAUUGGAUAUAACCCUUGCGAUAACAAUAACAUAAAAACACUUCAACAAAAAUUAUUUUCAUCGACUGGCACGUUUCAUCUCGCCUAUUCGCAAACUCUUUUACCAAACAUACAACUGUUGUCGAUUGCUGAACAAAGGAUUGGUCCAUGUAAAAAGCCGAACGAACCACCAACACAGUUUCUUCCCAUACCAACUGUAACUUUGAACUCUUGCUCUGCUUUUAGUUACAAACUAGCUCCGCAAACCUUCAAAGAUGCCGAGGAUGGUUUUACGUUAAGUUACGUCAUAAUUUACGUUAACGGCUUGGCUAUCAACUUGGACACUACCUGGAUAUACAAUACCAUUAAUAAAGAUAUCUUAGCAACAGUAAACAACGAUGUAGUAAUGGGUAGUGGCACUAACGGCUACAUGAUAACAAUAAGAGCAUUUGACAGUCAACAAGCGUUCGUUGAUGCAACAUGGAAAAUAAACAUUGCAGGCAAAAAACAUCAAACAUUUUAUAAAAUCAUUCUUGAUGUCACAUCAAAAACGUCUCUCCGACAAGCUUUCAUAGAACGUUACUAUUUGACUAAAUACAUCAACAACUUUCUAAAUGCUAACUAUACGAAUGCUAUCAACAUUGAGUUAUUGCAAAAUAACCGAAUCCGUUUUGCAUGGAGUUCCUGCAGCUUGCCUGACUAUUGUGAUAGAAACGCUGCAAAUAUUUUCUUCAUGAAUAUGAAGGUUGGUAAUAACUUUGUCACCGAGUUUGUUAAUGCGCUAUCUCCACGCUAUGUUCUAAAUGAUGUUUCAAUGGAAACUCAUGCAACUUGCAGAGGUCCUAUUUCACCACCUAUUCCAUCAAGAACAACUUGGACACUAACUAUUAAUCAAUGUGGAGGAAUGAAUAUGUUAGUUCCAUCCAAUAUGUUUACUGACCCAGAAGAUGGUAACACAAGGAAUUUAGAUACAAAACUUACGAAAUCAACCAACCAACCACUCCCUCACUGGAUAUACUAUGACACCACGUCGCAAACAGUCAGGGCGUUUCCUACUAGAGCAGAAGCAGUGGCGUACCAAGCAUCGCCAUACAACCUUAAGCUUACAGCAACUGAUAAGACAGGCUUGUCAGCUUUUAUUGAUGUACCUAUUAUAAUACAAGUUCCUGCCGAACCCAAGUAUCUAUUCCAAUUUCAAUAUACCGUCUUAAACGUUGGCAAUAGGAUUCUGGAGUUACUGGCUUUUUCACAGAAGUUGUCCAACCAUUUAACUGCACAAAGAAAUCAGGUUGGGUUAAUAUCAUAUUCUUUCUCAACGACAUCAACAACAAGAACUUUUAAGUAUGGCAACUGUUCAAUUUCAUACAAUCCCUGUGAUCUGGCAUCGUUAACACAACUUCGAAACCGCUUUAUCAACUCAAACAACUUCCCCAACACGGCUUUUCAAGCAGCAAUGCUUCCGCAAUACAAUAUGAGGUUUGUUCUAACAGAGAAAUUAUUUCCAUGCUCAGGCGUGGUACCAACUCCUCCAAGAGUUGUAAAACCAAUUCCCACUUUACUUGUACCCAUGUGUGGUUACUACCAAUAUUUAAUUCCAGAAGAUACAUUCUACGAUCCCCAAGAUGGAAAUACAAGAAAGCUGACGUUAAACCUGUUAUCAUCUUCUGGUCAGGCAAUUCUUCGUAAUUCCUGGAUACAAUUUAACAGCCAAACUCAGACCAUAUAUGCAAUGAUAACAGCAUCAGACGCACUUGCAAAUAUUAAUGGAUUUCGUUACAGAUUGAAAGCUGUGGAUAGCUCACAGCUUCCUGCUGAGACAACAGUUAACAUACAAGCUACUGGCCAGUACGAAAUAGCUCAAGAAUGUCAAAUUAAACUCGAUUUAUUGACGACAGCCACAUCCAACAAAGUGGAGAGGAUGCGAUAUGUAGCAGAAAAGUUGAAAGUUUUCUUUCAAUUGACAUCUGUGGGAGAGAUUGCAAUUUCAAAUUAUAUAGAACUUAGCAGUACUAAAUUCCAGUUGUAUUGGACCUACUGUUCAUCAACCUAUCAAACGUCUGCAACAAAUGUUGCAGUAGAUUACUCUUCCUUGAUCACAAAAAUCUUAAUGAAGUUAUUCUUAAAUGAUCGAAAAACAAUCGUGUCAUCUUUCUACACGGCAUUUGGGAGUGGUUAUACGGUUGAAAGCGUAACAACCCAGUUUAGUAAAAGAUGUCAGGACCUACCUCCCAUUGCCGAUCCGAAUACCAAUCAAAUCAAAAUUACUCUUUCCAGUUGCGGCUAUAAUCAACGCAAUCUCGCGCCAACACUUUUUUAUGAUUUCGAAGAUGGUGGCACAUCGUCUUUGCAAUUAUCUAUGUAUUUAAGUGAUGGUGCAACCCCAGUUCCGCUUAACACCUGGGUUAACAUUGACACCCAGUCACAAUCAAUCAUUGCUGUGUGCAACGACAAUGUGAGAGCGUUAGUACCUGGUUCUUACACGUUUUUUUUGAAGGCUAAGGAUAAAAGUGCACAAACAGCUUCAUUAAAAGUAAUUCUUGAGAAAUUUCAACAAAAUCCAAAUCAAUUGUCACCAUUUGAAAUCACGUUUGAGAUGAAAUACAAUGGUCCUGCGACACGAUCAUUAACCUACGAAAGUAUGUAUGCCUCUGAGAGAAUUAAAUCAUAUUAUCAAAUAACCUCCAACCCAGCAGUUUUAAUUAAAAUGUAUGAUAUAACCCAUGGCUAUACGAAUUUUAGAAGAUUAACUUGGACAACUUGUGAAUACCAAACUUGCUCAUCAAGCGUCAUGUCAAAAACGAAAGCUUUAUUGACAGAUUCUGGUGUAUUGCCUUCUCAAUUUGUUAAUUCUUUUCUCAGCGAUUUAACAAUUUAUCGAGUGUAUUACACGUCCACCUGCAACCCGCCAAACUCACCACCGCUCAACUCCAAUCCAAUCCCACCUCUCCAACCGCAAUAUUGUUCUCUCUUUUCCUAUCAAGUUACUAGAGCAAUAUUUUAUGACAAUGCGAAUGGUGAUGUUAAAAACUUAAAGGUGCAGUUAUACGCAUCUAAUGGUUCAAAACUACCGAAAGCUUCUUGGAUACAAAUCAAUACAGCUAAACUUGAAAUUUACGCAGUAAAUAUUGCAUCUAAAUCCUCUCAAGUUUCAUCCCCCUCUUUUGUGUUAAGAGCUACAAACAGUGGAGGACUAUCUUUAACGACGUCAGUAAAAGUUGAUUUUGACAAAACACCAUAUACAGCUGACUGUCCAAUCACAAUGAGUUUUCAAUAUAAAUAUGUCACAUCUGACACAGCUGAUAUCGAUGUAAUAUGGAUUUUUGCAAAAACUCUCCAGAAGUACUAUGGCGAUGCAAAUGUGAUGAUCAAGGUUUUAGAUUUUUACCAAUUAAUCAACGGAGAUUAUCAAAUCAAAUGGAGUAAUUGUUCGUUCGUGUAUAACACCCAGGAGGAAGCAAAUAAAGGACUUGCUGAAAAAGAUCGGGGAGCGAUUACCCUUAUAUUCUCCAAGCUGCUUGACACAAACACACAACAAAUAAAUUCUAAUUUCCGCAGCGCUAUGCAAGAGAUGUUUACUAUCAAAACACUAACUGUAAGUUAUCAGUGCAUUGAAACAGAUCCUUAUCCGACCAAUACGGAUGAUUACAAAAUAUAUUUAAAGCCAUGUGAACUAAAUAAACAUAUAUUGCCAAAUAAUCUCUUUAUUGAUAAUAAAGAUGGAGAUAUAAGAAGCAUGCAAAUUGCACUUACUUACACCAAUGGACAAAUCGUAUCCCAGUUGGAGUGGCUUCAAAUCAAUACAGACACGAGUGGAAGAAAGUAUAUUUACGGAAUGGUUUCAGAAAGCAUAAUGUUAUCUGCUCCGCAGAAUGGAUUUCGAUAUUUGAUCAGGUGCACUGACAGCUCAGGAAGAAGCGCAACACUACCGCUAAUUGCCUUUGUUAUCCAGCAAGGAGUAUUGUCUAAUAAUAUCUUUACAAUUGGAUUUAGAAGUUAUAUAACCGAUACUAAUCCUGCAGCUUAUGUGCUUGCUGAAAUCAGCAGUAAGAUAGCAACGUAUAUUGAUCCAUCAGAUACAAAAGUACAAGUGUUUGUUAAAAACUUCAACAAAGAUUCAUUUAUUCAAUUCGUGCGGUGCAAUUUACCAUGUAAUGAAAACACUCUCAAUGUGAUAUUCAAUAAAUUUCAAGUUACUAAAUACCAAACUAUUCCUAAUUUUCAACUAAUACAAGCGCUGAGACCGCAAUUUGACGUCAAUUAUGCAUAUGUAAGCGCACCUACUUGUGUAACUAAUAACAACGAAACAAUAACACCUGAAAAUUGUCCAAGCAUCCAGCUGUUGACAUGUGGUUGGUUCACAAAGCCAUUAUCAUCUCAAUGCUUCAGGGAUUCCACUGGCAGAAACACAAAGUCGUUCCUGACUACCAUGCUGCAGCAGGACUUGGCAACAAUUCCGAGAUCGUCUUGGAUACAAUAUGAUAUCAUAAGUCAAUCCUUUUAUGGAAUCCCAAUUUGGAAUCAAGUACUGGCAACACAAAAUUACAAAAUGAAAGCUACUCAUCCUGCUUCUGGAAAUUCAGUAUUAUCAUCGAUCAAUUUUCAGUUUGAUGGUUACUCUGCCAUUAGUAAAAGUAAUAAUAAAGUCUGCCAAGUUACGUUGAAAUUCGACGACACAAUGGAUAAAGGCAUGAUUGAUGUUACCAUCAUCAGGAAACUGCUUGAGAAAAUUUCCGCGUUUUCAACAUCAAACAUUGGUAUAAAUUCCUAUCUUGUGAUGAACUUUAUGAGAUCUAACAACGUUAUGUCACUAACGUUUUCAAAUUGUACAUGGUUUCAAUUAGUUAAUAAUCCAGGGAAUGGGAAUUCGGUAUAUCUUCAAGAAGUGAUGAAAGUUUUAGGACAAUACUUUGUUAUAACCGGCACCACAAUAGUUGGAAUCAAACCAUCUUUCAGAUCUUACCUUGCUCCUGAUUUUGUCUUCAGAAGUUUUUCAUCAUCGGUCGGAUGUACAAGUACACCUUCUCCGCCGCCUUUUGCCAAUAAAGACCUGUUAGUCACACUCGAGCGAAGGUGUGGGAAAUUCACUUAUAUUGUCCCAACUGACACAUUUACAGAUCCACGUUACGGCAAUACAAGAGCUUUAAAAUUAAAUUUGCUAACCGCAGAUAAUCAAGAAUUGCCAAAAUCAACUUGGAUUAAAUUGAAUGACAGCCAAAUAGUUUAUGGUCUUAUUGAGGAAUCUGUGGUUCUGAAUCAACCUGUUGGUGGCUACAAAUUUUUACUUCGAGCGACCAAUCAAGAUGGACAGUCUGCAACAGCAAGAUUUACAGUGGUUUUACCAAGCCAACCAUGGACAAUUGAAUUUUCAUCAUUAACGAUAUCAUUCCGGAUUGUUCCACCUCCUACUUAUGACGUUGACUACAAACUGUCCUUAAUUAACCAGCUAGAAUCAUACACUCUAUUUCAGUCCAUGCAAGAAGGUUUUUACAUACAGUCAUUUGUUAAUGUUGGAAACGUCAUUAACGCUAAGGUUGCUUAUUGCUAUCAAUGUAGUCCUCUCAAUUAUGUAAACACAAUGUAUAUCCAGCAAAAAACUCAAAGUCUACAAGCUUGGUUAUUAAACAAGUUCUCAGUGUAUGAGCUAACCACAGAAAUGCAAUCAGACCAAUUUGUAAACAAUGCUUGUGUAAAUGAAGACGAUCCUCCCGUAACUCCAUACAAACAAAACUUUGCACUGUGCUCGGAAAAUAUAAUAUUUCUUAGAGAUAUGUAUAAUCCGCUCGUUGACUCCUUAACGGUCGAACUUUUAACAACUGAUGGAACAAUUGUUCCACUGAAUUCAUGGGUAAAUCUAUUGUCGCAGCCGUACAGAAUUGUUGCAUUACCCACUAUGGAUAUGAUCAAUAUUCCUUACUACGAAUUCUUCAUUCGUAUCAAAAGAAAUAACAUUGUUGUGGGAGAUCUUCAACGAUUACAACUUACCGUGGUGAACAGAAUUCCAUCCAUUGGUCAAAAGUACACGUUGUCUUUAACCGGUAACAGCAACCAAGUCCAAUCAGAUGUCUCUUAUAUAUCCUUCGCUUGGGGUUUAACACAAAGGUAUAUCGGAGGCGCUAAAACACUACAACAUAUUAGUUUUACAAGAGUCAGCAAUAAUCCUGUCAGCUUUGUGCUAUCUUGGUACAACUGCUCACUCCCAUGUGGCGAUGACAAUGUUCAAAAUGUAAAUUCAAAACUUUUUCAAAACAACGCUGUCAAUUUACAAUAUUCUAACCUCUUCAGUCCAACGUACACUGUAUCAUCCCUGACUACAAUGUGUACGGACGACCCGCCGAUUGUUAACGCUACGUAUAACAUCACUAUACCAGCUUGUGGGGUUUACAAGCAUAAGCUACCAAAUACGUUUGCAUAUGACUCUACCGAUGGUUAUUUGAACAAUCUGAACGUUGAACUAAGAAAUAUGGACGGCAGUGCGAUAUCACGAUCCUCUUGGAUACAGUUUAAUUCUUUACAAAAAGAAAUUCAAGCAAUACCGAAUAAUGGUAUCAUAAUGACGACACCAGCAUCUGGAUGGAGGUACAUGUUAUACGUGAGUGACCGUAACCAAAAGACAUCGUUCAGUACUCUCUUUGUCAAACUUCAAAGAAGAGUGGAUAAUUUCGUGAAGUUGGACGUCUCCUUCAGAAGUUCCUAUCCUGCUACUACUAGUUAUGUCAAAAUACAAGAAAGCGUCAUGCAGUUUGUUUCUACUUAUAUCGGUGACAAUUCCAUAUCGGAGUAUCAAAGUUAUUCUUUCAAGAGAAGUGGAAUAGCAGAAAAUUUUGUAAUGCAAAUUUCUAACUGUACUGUCAACAGAUACAUGUGCGCAUCACAAGAUGCCCAAUUAAAAUUGCUUGAAGGUAAAAUUAAACAAACAGAUGGCUCUGUAAGCCCAAAUUUUGCUUCAUACGUUCAAACAACUUCCGGUGGACGUGUUGUUAUCACUUCAGCAUCAAUUAGUUACACCUACUCAGUUGAUUUACCACCACAAAUAAGGGAACCUAUACCAACUGCUUAUGUUACGUAUUGUUCUGGAAGGAAAUACAAAGUUCCAGAUAACACGUUUUCUGAUGAGAAAGCAUUAACGUAUUCUAUGAAGUCUCAAGGUAACAGUCAAGUACCUCCACUAAGUAACUGGGUUUACAUGUAUCAAAACUCUAUAUACAUGUUUCCACAAAUGAGCACAAGGCCCGGCACUUAUAAAUACUUGAUAACAGCGACAGACUCGUGUGGUCAGACCGCAAAUACAGAGUUAACAGUUGACCUUUCUGGUCAGCAAGAAACCUCAAGGUAUUCCUUAACAAUGCGCCUUCAAAAACAAAAUUCGCUCCCUUAUUCUUAUGAAAUAUGGAAUAUUCAAGAGACGCUGAAGAAAUGUUACGAUAUGGUCUCGAACACUAUUCGAUCAGAAUCAUUUUUAAUGUUUAACGGUUACAUGGAAUACAAAUGGAGUGAUUGCGCCAUACGUACUGAUCCUUGUGACGUCAAUAAAAUAGACAAAAUUAAUUCCAACACUUUCUCCUACUCAUUUGUUCUUAGUGAUGAAAUAAAAACUUGUUUUCAACCAAAUUUGGUGCUUCAAAACGUCGUGGAAAAUCGUUUAUCAACAUGCCAACCUACUCUUAUCUCUCCAACUGCAAACUAUGUAGUCCAACUGAGAACAAGAUUUUGCCAAAAGAUGAACUUCCAGGUACCAAUAGAUGUUUUUUCAAGCACAAAGGACGGAAAUACAAGAAAUUUAAAACUUGAGUUGCUUAUGACUAGCCUAGAUCCGUUACCAGCUUCAGAAUGGGUGCAAUUUGAUCAGGAAAAUCAACUGAUCUAUGGAUACGCAAGAACAGGAGAAUCUAUUGAAAGCGUAAAAACCAGUUACACUUACAAACUAAAGGCAACAGAUAGUUCCGGCGCGUAUUCCUUUACAAAUGUUGUUAUUACAAUCAUAGGGGAAAUUCCAGCUUUAAAUUACCUGUUGUCUUUAUCUGCAACUAGCGUUGCCAGUAUCCAGAAGAGCAUUGACCAAGAAAUUAGUCUAAUGGCAAUAUUGAGAAAUUACUUCAAUAAGGAAAAUAUCAAUGAUGUUUCUUUCACAAGAGAUUCAACAUCAUCCAGAGAUUUUACAUUCAAAUGGACGUUUUGUCAAUUUCCUAAAGCCACAUGUCCUUGCAACAGAACCCGAGAAUAUAAACAAUUAAUGCUUGAAACGAAUACCAUUAGAAGUAUUAUGCAGCCUAAUUAUGUUUUCAAGUCAUGGACAGACGAAAAGAAAGGCAAUUGCCUUGAAAAUGGAAAUCCCGUUGCUAUGACUCCAAUACCAAACAAUCUUAUACCUGUAGGUCGAUGCUAUGGUAACGUUGUUCCACAAAACGCGUUUUACGAUGCUGAAGAUGGAUGGACAAGGAACCUCACUUUGUAUCUACGUAACAUGCAAAAUCAAGAAUUCGCAAGAAACUUCUGGAUUCAGAUGGAUUCGCAAAAGCAGAAGGUUUGCGGGAUAUUAACAAAUCAAGCAUUUAAAGACCUUCGACUUGGAACGAAGAAAAAUUAUCCAUAUGAGUAUAAUAUUCUUGCUAGAGAUAGCUGUCUGAAUGAAGUUUCUAAAAAGGUGGUAUCAACAAUAGACAUUGAAACGUAUCCAGCUGAUCUUCAAUACGUAUUUUUUAUGGUACUGUACAAAAGGCAAGGAGAUCUAAUGUCUAACUGUUCUGACAUCGACCGACUCAUCUACAAAAUAGCCGAUUACAGUGGUGGAUAUAAUAAAACCGAUAUUAUGGUUGAGUACAUCACUGUUUAUAAUAGCACUGCUACAAACUUUACAGAAAUAGCAUGGAGUUACCGCAAUGUGAGCGGCGGAAAUUGCUCGAACAGCACUGUGAAGAAUCUACAAGAAAGAUUUGUUCGCGACAACAACCAAACAAAUCCUAAUUUUAUUUCCUAUAUGCAACCGGAGUACGAGGUAGUUAGCGUUCGGGAUGAGAAACGUGGCGCUUGUGUAGUAGGGCCAGCGGCUUUUGCUAUACUUGGAAGCGAUAAUGAUUUUGAUUGGUGGUUUCUUUGGUUGCUGUUGGCAUUAGCGUUGUUGUUUUUAUUGGCCUGGUUGAUAUGGUUGUGUUGUCGCCGAUAUUGUCCAACAUUCUGCCCAACUUGCUGUGGUCCUUGUGAUUGCUGUUCCAUUUGCACAAAAUGUUGCAUUCCAUCUGGGAAAUACGCAUCUUUCGCUGAAGAUGAUCCAAACGAUGUCUCUGGAGGAGUUGCAGUUCUUCCUAGAGAUGACUCGCCCAGCCCAGCUGCACAAGCCAUGCCGGUUGAAAAAGAUGACGAUUCUGUCACUGGAGGUGUUGCUGCAAUGCCAAGAGAUAAAGAAGAUCCGCCAAAUCCACAAGCACAAACGAUGCCUGUGCCAGGAGAUGACGACUCAGUUGACGGAGGCGUUGCUGCCCUGCCACGAGAUGUGGCAAGCCCUGCGCCAGAUUCUGGAGUUGAAGAGGAGAUUCCGUUAGCUGCACCCGUCGCACAGGAUGAGUCAGUACCUGAAAUGGAUUUCCUGAAAGAACCCCGUCGCAGCGUGGCGGAAUCCUCCAUCCAACCUGUAGCAACAAGAGUCGUCGAAGAGGAACCAGAUUUUAACUUUUCCGAAAUGGACAGUUCCACUGCGAUUUUGCCACAAAUUCCACAGCAGAUAAAAACUGAAUCUUAUCGUGACAGCCGAGAUGUUAAUACGCGGCAAACUAAUAUGAAAGUUACCGAGAGAAGCCAAAAUUAUUCAUCUCAACCGUAUAGAUUAUCGACCGACCGCAAAAUGUAUGUUGAAAGGUAUGCCGACAGAAGGCCUCGAAACGUACAAAUUAUCGAAGACUACAAGCGCGUAAGAUCGCCGGAAAGAUCUCAUAUAAUAAACAUUGAACGAAAAAGGUCUGAACCAGUCAGGCGUGUUUCAUUAAGGCCAAUAAAACAAAGAUCGAAACAUUAUCGAUAUACUGACGCUCUUAUCGAUGAGCCAAUAGUUUUCCACAUGGACGAUCGUGCCAGAAAACAUAGCAGGAAUAAAAGCGAGGACGGUGCAAUUCAUGUUAGGAGAUCCGCGCGGCAUGGCAGAAGAAUUUCAACCCUGAGCAAAAAGUCGAAAUCGCCCCGACGUAAACAAAGACUGUAUUCUGUAUCGCCAGUACGCCGUCGAAUCUCAAUAUCUCCUGUAAGGCGACAUGCUUCCAAGCCUGUUGUAUUAAGAGUUGAAGACAUGGCAGAGAACAAACACAGAAGAGGAAGAUCACGUGAUCGUUUUGAAAAGGGCUUUUAUGAUUUAAAAAGUCAUCGAGAACCGAGUUAUAAAUUAGCGAAAGAAGACUUUGACCCUUCGAGUAUAUUUUUAAGCGGUAACAAUGAUGUUCGUACAGUAUUGACAAAAGAGAGUGGAAGAGGAAAGAAUAAUGCUGGUUAUUCUGAGAGCACGACAGACUCUGGUGUUUCUGAAGAGAUAUUCUUUUCCCCGAAACUUUAUCGAAAAAACCUAAUCAGCAGCGGGAAAUCGAAACGUACAAGUGAUCGCCAUGAAACUUUCUUAAGAGAAAGAUCUUUAAGUCCCUUGGGCCGAGGUCCUGCGUUUAACUCGAGAAGCCGAAGUAGUGGUCACUCAAACAGAGCUUUGCGAGAGAGUCUAUCUAAAGAGAUGCGUGAACUGCAAAAUAGAGAAUCUCGAAACAUUACAACAAGACGUGUUGAAAGAUAUUACGACGAAGAUUCUCAUGUUUAAGGAAAACCGUUACGAUGAAGAAAUAAUUAAAAGCUGCUCUCAACAUGCAAGAACAAACAAUAAAUGCCGAAAAAAGGGCUUUAAUACAAGAGCUAAAGAAGAGCAUUAAACUUUUGUAAGCUUCGUUGAAGUUUUUGUAAAUAUUAGAGAGACCAUCUAAGCUAAAGCUUCGAUGACGAUAUUAUUCAAGGGCAUUGUUUUACCGUGGGUUUGCUGGCCCUGAUUUUGUACAUAAUUUGUUAAUUUUUAAUAAUGUAAAUAUAACUUGAGUAUUAAUAUAACAUAUUAACCUUUUUCUUU